AUGUCCGCCCCUUCACUGCUAAGAACCCGCGCAGGCCUGCUCCGGCCCACGGCUUUCAUCUCUCACACAAACCGCCUCUUCUCUACCACACGCCAGUCUCGUGCUUCAGAUCCAACACCCACAGCAAACCGCGCUACUCACUUUGGCUAUGAAACCGUCACGGAAUCCGUCAAGCAGGAGCGAGUCGCAGAAGUCUUCACUAGCGUUGCCGAAUCAUACGAUAAAAUGAACGACUUGAUGUCUCUAGGAGUUCACCGUCUGUGGAAAGAUCACUUCGUCUCCUCGUUAAACCCAGGAGCCACAAACCCCAUCGGCACCCCCCAGCGCAUCCUCGACGUCGCCGGAGGCACAGGCGACAUCGCCUUUCGCAUGCUCCAGCACGCCCACGUCAAUAACGGCAACCCAAACGUCCACGUAACCAUCUCCGACAUCAACCCCGCCAUGCUGGCCGUCGGCAAGCAGCGCUCCCUGUCUCUCCCAGCCUCGCACCAGUCUUCGCUGUCUUUCCUCGAGGCAAACGCCGAGGUCCUGCCGUCGACCAUCAAGGACAACUCUCUUGACUUGUACACGGUUUGUUUCGGAAUCCGCAACUUUUCCAAUAUGCCGGCUGCCCUGAAGGAGGCGUACAGAGUGCUCAAGCCCGGCGGCAUUUUUGCUUGCAUGGAGUUUUCCAAGGUUGACAAGUACCCCAUCUUCAAUGCCAUCUACAAGCAAUGGUCUUUCAGUGCAAUCCCGUUGAUUGGCCAAUUGGUCGCAGGAGACCGUGACAGCUAUCAAUACCUUGUUGAAAGCAUAGAGCGGUUUCCCUCCCAGACAGAGUUCCGGGACAUGAUUGCUGAGGCUGGAUUCAACAUUGUUGGAAAGGGAUACGAGGAUCUUACCGGCGGUGUGGCAGCUAUUCACAAGGGCAUCAAGCCUCUAUGA